AUGAUUCUUAGGAAGCCUGACCUGGUAGGUAGGAUGGUCUCCUGGUCUGUUGAACUUUCCGAAUUCGGCUUACGCUUUGAACCUCGAGGAUCUGUCAAAGGCCAACAUCUGGCAGACUUUGCAGCUGAGCUAACACCCAUACCUGACGACUUAGUGCCACUAUGGUAUCUUAAUGUGGAUGGCUCGUCGGACAGAAAGGAUGGAGGAGCUGGUAUUGUUCUGGAAGGACCGAACGAUAUUAUUAUUGAACAAGCCAUACUUUUUCGCUUUCAAACCAACAACAAUCAAGCAGAAUACGAAGCUUUGAUUGCCGGUUUAACUCUAGCUAAAGAGUUAGCAAUUACUCGAUUAGAAUGUCGAAUGGACUCUCAACUGGUUGUCGGUCAUAUGAAGGGGACUUUCCAGGUUAAAGAUAAUCAACUGCUGCGCUAUUUCCAUAAGGCUAUUAGCCUCCUUAAAGAUUUUGUCAACGUCAACAUUGUCCACGUGCCUAGGGAACAAAAUUCCAGAGCAGAUCUCCUGUCUAAGUUGACUCACUCAAAAGAAAAAGCGCAAUUGUCUUCAAUCAUCAAGAUGACACUUGACAAGCCUGCAGUUGAAACUUUUGCCACUGAUGUAGUGACACCCAAAGCCGAUUGGCGACGAAGCAUACGAGAACUGAUGAUGAAGCAGGAACAGGGAGAAAAUGUUAGUACAACCGACUCUAAACGCAUCGCUCAUUUUCUGUGUAUAGGUGACGAUUUGUACAAGCGAGGGUACACCACGCCGCUGUUAAAAUGCUUGUCAGCAGAAGAAGCAGAUUACGUCCUACUAGAGCUUCAUAACGGAAUAUGUGGUUUGCAUUCAAGAAAGCGUACACUCAGGGCACGAAUACUGCGAGCACCGUAUUACUGGCUAACGAUAGACCAUCAUUGUGAAACGUUCGUUAAGAAGUGUAUAUCCUGCCAGGCGCACGACAACAAUUUCCGAGUCCCUCCCGAAGAGUUGCAUGGCAUUAUCUCGCCAUGGUCGUUCGCCCAAUGGGGAAUGGAUAUAGUCAGGCCAUUACCGAUCGGAAAAGCUCAAAGUAAGUUCCUCUUGGUGGCAAUCGAUUACUUCACAAAGUGGAUCGAUGCUGAGGCAUUAGCGGUCAUAAGCGCUCAACGUGUACAGAAGUUUAUCUAG